AUGGUCAAACCACUCAGUUUCAAAGGCGACAAAAAGGUCAAGAAGCGCAAGCGCAGCAGAGACGACGAGGCAGAUGGGCAUGGCCCCGCGUCAAAGGACAUCAAGGGCGGCGCAUUGCAGCAUCCAGACGAGGACGACGAAUCGUGGGUGUCAGCAGACGCCGUGACAGACAUCGCAGGCCCUGUGAUGUUUGUGCUGCCCACCCGGCCGCCAACCUGUCUAGCGUGCGAUGCCAAUGGCAAGGUCUUCGCCAGUGCCGUCGAGAACAUGGUCGACGACUCUCCCUCGACGGCCGAGCCGCAUGAUGUUAGGCAAGUCUUCAUCGCGAACCGCAUUGCCGGCACCGACACCUUCAGCUUCAAGGGACACCACGGCAAGUAUCUCAACAGUGACAAGUUCGGUAUUCUCUCGGCCACGCGCGAUGCCAUUUCGUCCGAAGAGCAGUUCGCCCUGCUGCCAUCUGACAGUCUCCUCUUCAACCUACGCACCACACGUGACAAGUUCCUCUCUGCCACCCAGGACAAUGCCGUCCAAGUAAGAGCCGAUGCCGACGACGAGACCAGCCCGACUUGUGCCAUCAGACUGCGUAUGCAAGCACGCUUUAAGCCCGUCCACAAGGCCGCCAAGGAGGAAAAGGCAAACGAGAAGAUAAGCAGAGCUCAGCUCGAGCAAGCUGUUGGUCGCAAGCUCAACGACGAAGACGUCAAGCUCUUGAAGAAGGCCUGGAGAAACGGUACAUAUCAUGAGGCUCUGCUCGACGUCAAAGUCAAAGGAAAGCACGACAAGUUCGCUUGA